AUGGUCGCACAUGUUCAACCUUGGAUGCUGAUCCCCAUCGUACCUCUCAUAAUCAUGUUUGAAGGAGCAGAACUUUCUUACGAUACUGUUCUGUACUAUAAGCAACAAUAUGCUCCCGUACAAGUUGCAUUGUUAAUAGUUUGUGGAGGAUUGUUAGCUUUUUGUAUGGAAAUGUCAGGUACCGCUUUCACUCGUGGUUGCUUGUACCGUGUAAACACACACCAUGUGGUUUUAGAGUACCUUUUGCUAGUGAACACAUCUGGAAUCACGCUAAAUAUAUUCGGAAUAGUGAAGGAAGUUGCAACAUUGCUUCUAGCACAUCUUCUGAACAAUGACCAUCUAUCUACAGUAAAUGUAGGUGGUCUGGUCUUGUGUUUAUGUGGAAUGACUUUACACGGCAUGUCACGAAGAAGACAAAGGUGA